AUGCCCAAACACACGCGGUCAUCCAGUUCGAGUCACAACCACUACGGCAACCCGAUGCCUAUUUCUCUUGCUCCUGCCGCAAACCCCAUUGCUAUGUACAACCAGCGCAUGACCAUGCCGCAACAGGCCUACUACAACAUGCCCUCUUCUUCUGCUCCCAUGCAACAGCAGCCACAGCCAACAUACGAAAGCUAUGCUCCGGUGUCUGCACCCCCCGUCUCUGUGCCCCCGAUGCAGCACCGAGCCUCCUCGGGCGCAUGGACUCCCCAGGAUGACCAGCAGCUGCUCGCGGCCCGCGCCCAAGGUCUUAACUGGGGCCAGAUCCAAAUGUCCUACUUUCCCAACAAGACCCCCAACGCCUGCAGAAAGCGUCAUGAGCGUCUGAUGGAACGCAAAGGGGCCGAUGACUGGGACAAUCGCAAGCUUGAACGUCUGGCCAAGGAGUACAUGGGCAUGAGAAAAGAAAUCUGGUCCGGCCUUGCAGCCCGCACCGGUGAGAAGUGGAAUGUCGUCGAGGCCAAGUGCAUGUCGAAUGGUCUCAAGAAUCUGCAAAGCGCAUCUCGUGCUGGGGCUAGACGGGAGCGCCUCGAAUCAGGGCAGCCACUACCAUCAGGGUAUGACGAUGACAGCGGCAUCAGCGGCCUCGGGCUUACCCCAGUUGACGAGCUAGACGCGUCCUACAGUAGUCCAGAGACGGUAUCCUCCGGGCACUCUGCCAGCGGCAGCAGCACCUCGGCCGCGGGCUAUGUCGCCUCCUUCCAGCACCUGCAACCACUUCACGCCGGACAGUACGGUUACGGACACGCCGGUGCCCACCACGGAUAUACUAGCUCCGUCUCCUCGAACGGUUCGGUCAACGGCGGAUACGGCCACGGCCAGUCACAGUCUCCCAGCCCCUACCUCCACCCUCACGGCCAAAGACUGCCUAGCGUGGACAUGGGAAUUGACGCCAUCAUCAACCGGCCGGGUGGCGGCGGUGGUCAGCAGCAGAUGUGA